CAAAUAAUCUUUAUUUUGCUUCAGGUUACUUCAUUACUCUUGGAGGGUGAGCGCCGCAAAUUGGCAGUCUUGCAAAGGGAAUUGCAAGCAGCCCUCGAGGAAGGUGGAAGCGUAAAGGUGAAGGAAAAGCAGCGACAGGAAUUGCUGCACGCUAUAUCGAAAAUUCAAGGACAGCACGAGCAACUCGACAAAGAGUACAGGAUUCACGCUGCCGGUGUUCUCCUAUGCAACUCGAGAGGCUCCGGAAAGGUAAGGACAACAGACGACCAUUAUUCUUUCUUUUUUUAUUCGCGAUUUGUAAAAGACAAAUGAUCUUCUCGAUUAAUAUCUGCACGACGAAUUAUCGUCUUUCGUGAAACUCGAACGCUGUCAUUCGUUGACAUUUGACGCCUGAGUAUUCUCUGUUGCCCCUCGAAUCGGAUCGAUAGUUCCUUCAAGCUAACGAUGUCGCACUAAUCGAUAUUCACUUAUCAAAGUAUUCUCGUAAAUGUUCUACUUUCGUCCAAUUUUUAUGAAUCGGAUAAUAUGGGAUAUUUUUGAUUAAUUAUACCGUUUAAUGAUAAAAGCUACUUGAAUAAGUAAAGAACUUGCCUUUCAGAGAAAAAUAUUUAAAUAGAAGACAUUGGAAAUGUUGAUGAUGUAUAAACAAAUCCAAUUAAUUUGUCAUAAAUCGACAAAUGAUAAUAUAUAAAUCAUAUGAAAAUAAUAGUAUUUUAAAUAAUUAAAGAAAUGAUUGAAUGCUUUGAAAAGAAAGCUUUGCUUUUUGAAUUAAAAAUUUUUUAUUAUGAAGUUGAUUAGGACAGAAUGUUAUACGUUAUUGUUAGCAAUCCAGUAUGUAAUAUACACACACAUAUUAUAAUUGAAAUCGAGAGAAGCCCAACGAAGGAUUAUAACAGGAUUUUAAUACUCAAACAUAACAUUUUGUGUGAUUUUAUAUAUUUUUUCUGAUUCUUUAAAUAGCGCGACCGAA